AGGACGCGCGUGAAGCCCAUCCCACUCCGUUCCCUAAAAUCACCGCGCCUGCUGUAACGCAGGAGCCGCUUGGCGCUGGAUUUGCCGGCUCCCUUGCUUUCGGCCAGCCCCUGUAACCCCCCUCCCAGGUACGCAGAUGCCCCCUUUCGUAGGCAUCGCGGCAGACACAAAGGAACUCGCUGCACUUUCCCCUUAUUUUUAAGGUGACCGACUUGAUCAGCGCUCCGCCCGCCGCUGGCCGGUCUGCGUGGCCGAAGGCACCGCGCACACCGCUCUCUGCUCGGAUAUUCGGCAGCGUGCAUUUCACCGAGAGCGAUCAGCGCGGGCUUAAAUGGACUAUCGAUAAGUUUCUAAUCAGAUUGAUGGUCGCUGCGUCGACGGAGGGAAGUCCGAGCAGGCACGCGGACCGCGGAGCGAGCUGAUCUCCUAAUGGGCCGCUGAAUUGUUAAAUGACACAGUGAUGAAUGUUGUGAUUUCUCUCCCGUGAUACAAGACAGCUUAUCUGGAGCCGCAGCAGCUGCCCGCCUCUCAGUUUUUAUGCAUAGCCUUUGCAGGGUCAAGAUGCAGUUUCGGACUGUGCUGGACGUGAAAGUCGUGGACGUGGAGAAGAGGCGCAAUCCGUCCAAACACUACGUAUAUCUCAUCAAUGUCACCUACUCUGACAACACCUCCCACAUCAUCUACAGAAGAUACAGCAAAUUCUUCGACCUACAGAUGCAGAUUCUUGACAAGUUCCCAAUUGAGGGAGGGCAGAAAGACCCAAAGAAGAGGAUCAUCCCCUUUCUCCCAGGCAAAAUCCUGUUCCGGAGGAGUCAUGUGCGAGACGUGGCCAUGAAGCGGUUGCGUUUCAUCGAUGACUACUGCAGGGCGCUGGUGCGACUCCCCCCUCAGAUUUCUCAGAGUGAGGAGGUGCUGCGCUUCUUUGAGACAAAAGCCGAGGACAUCAACCCCCCAGUGGAGGACUAUGGCUCGAAGCGCAAGUCGGUAUGGAUGUACGGCUUUACAGACAGCCCGAGGAAAGAGGCCUCAGGGAUUGACAGCUCGGAGCCCAUGGUGCUGGAGCAGUACGUGGCCGUGGCCAACUACGAGAGGCAGGAGAACUCCGAGAUCAGCCUAAAGGCCGGCGAGACGGUGGAUGUGAUUGAGAAGAGCGAAAGUGGUUGGUGGUUUGUCAGCACAGCAGAGGAGCAGGGCUGGGUGCCUGCCACAUACCUGGACUCCCAGAAUGUAACCAGAGACGAUUUGGAUCUGGGCACUUCCAGGACUGGAGAAGUUACUAAGAGACGCAAGGCGCAUCUGAAGAGGCUGGACCGCCGCUGGACCCUCGGUGGUAUCGUCAACCGCCAGCAGAGCAGAGAGGAGAAAUAUGUGACCACACAGCCGCACACCAGUCAAGGGAAGGAUGAAGUCAGCUUUGAGAAAGGGGUCACCGUGGAGGUCAUCCAAAAGAACCUGGAGGGCUGGUGGUACAUCAGAUAUUUAGGGAAAGAGGGCUGGGCCCCGGCCUCCUACUUGAAAAAGGUGAAAGAGGACUUCUCCCCUCGCAAGAAGACCCUGACCGGCCCUGUGGAGAUCAUCGGCAACAUCAUGGAGAUCAGCAACCUUUUGCAAAAGAAGUCGGUCAGCGAGAAGGACAUCCAGACAGACGGAGAGGGUAGCACCACACCAGAGCGCCACAUCUCUAAGAGCGAAAUUAGCCUGCCCAUGCCCUAUAACUCUGAAAUCAACGCCGAGACGGGCAGGAGGCUAAGCGCGGGCCGUGACACCAACAGCCCAUGUCUGGGAAUAGCAGCGAGUGCUGCUCUAAAUGAAAAUAAAGGGAGAGGCGAGCCAGGGUCCCCAGCUGUUGCAAGAGUGGCACCGCAUAGAGUGGAAAUUGGGUCUCCAAAUCUGAGACAAAAACCUCCCCCGAGAAGAGAAACCAACUUGGGAUUCCAGUUACCAAAGCCACCAGAGCCCCCUGCUGUGGAAGCAGAGUAUUACACUAUAGCUGAUUUCCAGUCCUCGAUCUCUGACGGCAUCAGUUUCCGUGGAGGACAAAAGGCUGAUGUGAUAGAGAAGAACCCUGGAGGCUGGUGGUAUGUGCAGAUCGGAGAAAUGGAGGGCUGGGCCCCUUGCUCCUACAUCGACAAGCGCAAGAAGCCUAACCUCAACCGCCGGACCAGCACCCUGACGCGGCCCAAAGUUCCUCCCCCAGCUCCACCUGUCAAAAAACAAGACUCCGAGGAGACUCCCACUCUUGCUAACUCUGCCUCUAAAGCCUCAGAGCCACCGAGCAGGCCUGUGUAUGAGGAACCUGAAUAUGAUGUUCCUGCAAUUGGAUGUGAAGGUGAAUCGGACACAGAUUCCCUGAAGGAUGACCGUGUCCUGGAUGUGAAGAUCAGCAGCGUGGUCAGCGACAAGUACCGCAACUCCCCUCCUUCGUGCAAGGCUUCUCCUGUCUGCAAGGCAUCCCCUGUGUUCACCCAUCGAAGAGCUUCCUUCAGGUCUGUAGAGGAGGGUGCAAAAGAGGAGUCUAUCUAUGAGAAUGAUGGCUUCAGGCGAAGCAGUGGCAUUGAAGGAACUUCAGUCAAAGGUUCCAGUGAGCCGAAUUCCCCAAGGAGCUACCAUUCCUCCACAGUCCCACGCAAACCCUCUGGAUCAUCACCUUUAGCUGGUAGACCCAUGAAGACAGUGACACCAGAGAUGAACCGGAGAAGCCAGACCCUGGGCAGACACGUAGAUAUCAGCCUCAGGUCGCACGACAACAGCCCCCACUCUUCAUCAGAUGAAUUGAGCAGAGGCCCCAAGAAAAACCCUGCCUUAAGCCGAGAUGUGGAGCAGAGAAUAGGCCAGAGCCCCUCCACUAGGCCCAAGCCUUCUGUAAGACCUAAACCACUCCUGACCAAAUCAGAGCCCCAGAGUCCUGAGAGGAUGGACAUCAGCUCUCUGAGACGGCAGCUGAGGCCUACAAGUCAGUUUCGACAUGGCCUCAAACCUACUCGUGGAGAUGACUCUGAAACAGCCUCCGUUAUCUCAUCAGAGGACUCAAUGUGUUCGCGCAGUACCUCAGAUCUCUCUUCUGUUUACUCCAAAGGGAGCCGUGGUGACUCAGACGUUGAAGGCCCCAAUCUCUACCGCUCCGUGGACGCCUAUAAAAAGAUCCAGGACUCGGAGAUCAGCUUUCCAGCCGGUGUGGAGGUCGAGGUUCUGGAGAAGCAGGAAAGCGGUUGGUGGUACAUCCGUUGGGGGUCAGAGGAAGGCUGGGCUCCCUCGUACUACCUGGAACCUGUCAGACAAGUGGGUGAUGCAGGUGGGUUAGAAUCAGAUGGCCACGGGAGUGGUGGCAGCAAGUCCAACAGCCUGGAGAAAAACGAGCAGCAUGUUUUGACCCUCAAUAACAUCAAUAUUCAGGGUCUGAACCAGCAGCAUCAAGGCUUGAGGAGGAACACGCCACCGAUUCCCUCUAAGCCUCCUGGUGGCUUCUCUAAGCCAUCUGGAAUGGUUAAUGGAGGCGUUAGGAUGAGAAAUGGGGUACGCCAGGUGGCGGUGAGGCCUCAGUCUGUGUAUGUGACCACAACACAGCCAGCCAAGGACGCGCACUACAUGACAGGAUCUCUGAGGCGAAAUGACUCACUUGGCAGAAGUGAUCACUAUGGCUCUGGUUCUGCCACUCUUGGUGUCCGUCGAAAUGCUUCCUUCAGCACAGUGCGGCCGCAUGUAGUUGUUGAAAGUCAGACGAGGCCUACCGACCGCUCCAGCCUGGGGUCCUCAGGGAGCUCAUUCAGCACAAGCAAUGUCCAGGACGCCCUUAGCAGAGUUAACCAACGCAAUGGCAUCCCCGUGUCCACAGUCCGACCCAAGCCCAUAGAGAAGAGCCAACUGAUCCACAACAACCUUGGCAGGGAUGUGUACGUGUCCAUCGCUGACUAUCGUGGUGAUGAGGAAACUAUGGGUUUCACUGAGGGCACCUAUCUGGAGGUUUUGGAGAGAAACCCCAAUGGAUGGUGGUACUGCCAGGUGCAGGACAGCCUGCUUCCUCGCAAGGGCUGGGUCCCCUCCAACUACCUAGAGCGGAAAAAAUAAAAACAACCCUUCGCCCCCCCCCCCCCCCCCCCACCCCCCCUUUUGAUGUCUUUAAGGACAUGGGUGGCAUCACUCCUUAAGAAUGUUACCCGCAAUCUCCUCUAAGCAAUAUGUCCUUGAAAAUGUACAUUUAUGAAAAGACUGGGUGUAAAAAGAAAGAUGUUUUAAUCUGAUAGGGAAGGACACCUUUAGUGCUGGUUUACUAAAAUGUAUACGAAGGGGAGUAUAAACAUUUUAAAUAUUUUGGCUGGCAAUGGGGGACAGAAACAUGGGAUUGGUCACCCUUCAAAUUUGAGGAGGACAGUGUCUUUAAGAUUUAAAAUGGUAUGAAUGGGAGUGAUAACCUCUUAAAGAGGUUUGCAUCAUGUAAUACAGAAAUUGAGCAGGGUAAUGGCUAUGUUUAUUCCUGCCCAUCACUGACUAUGAUGGCCGAUAAGUGCCUUUUGUAUUUUGUUCACCUGGAUGGUCCUAAAUGGUGGAUGGUAAAACAUUAAAUCAACCAAAUCUUUUUAGAGUGCCAUAGGCCUAUGAACACCACCAGGAGUAUUUCCAUAACCAAUUAAGAGCGCCACUAUAGAGUGCAAACAAAGUGCAAGGUUUCGAUCUAGAGUGCUUUUAAGGGGUUCAAGUCAGCAGAGACUUUAUUCGUUUGAAGCACAAAGUCACCAAGCAAACUAAAACAACAUUUUAAUCUUGUUAUCGAUAUUUUUAUUUUGUUUCAUUGUUCAUGUUAUAAUGUCUUGUGUUGGUGCAAGUCUUUCUUAGAGAAUUAUUUCUGCUUUCUUGUGACAUCUGUUUUCCACCGUCUGCCUAGAAUUGGAAAAGUUAAAGCUCCUGCCUCGUGUCUUGUACCAUUGGACACUGGCAAAGUAAUCAGUAGGUGCUCAGGUUCGAUACAUUGGCUUAGCUUUAUCGUAGAUUCUCAAGCCCCAGAAAAUAUGUGACAGUAAUAUUCAUGUUUUUAAUCCCAGGUGUAACUAUCUGGGAUAACAAAUGCAUAAAAUAAACCUGUGAAACUUGAAAAAACACAACAGAACAACUUGUAACUUCAGUGCUCUCCAGAACAAAACAACCUCGUAUCUGGAUAUCUUAACCUCAAAAGAUGAAAACAAUUAGUUUACAAAGGUUUAGGUUUACUGUAGUGCUUUUAGUUCCGGAAACAAUUUAUUUUGUAUAUAUUUUGCUUUGUAUACAUAUAAUAAUACUGCUGUUGCAGAUAUGUUUUGAAUAGUUACUGGAAAUACGGUGAAAUAAUUAAAUCCCAGGGACAUAUUUGCAUGGCAUUUAGCCCACAGAGAAAUGUCAUUUCAUUGGCUUUGUUUGUGAUUUUACUAUUUAUUUAUAUGCAAGUAAUACAGUGUAUUCAACAAAAUGCCUGAGUGAACUGAAAAGGCCUGGACUGGAAGCACUUGAUGUAUUUUCUAAAAAAGACACAGUCAAUUAAAAAGUUAUUAGGUAUUGCUGUGCAGUAUGGGGUUUUGACCUUUAAAUAGAACACAACGUAGUGUAUUAACUUGUUUAAAAGUUAAUGAUAGUUGGGUUUCAUAUAUUAUAAGAUCAUAUAAAUAAGACUUCUCACCUAAAAUAUCAAGUUUGGAAAGAUUCUCCCCCAUUGCAGAAUUGUUAUAUGGAAAAUGUGGAGCUAAAAUCCAGCUUUCAAAAUUCAAAUGGCUGAUGUUCAAGACUGCUGAAAUACGUUUUCUAACGAACGGUUUGAGCUCUCUGUAUGAGGCUGAACACUAACUUCAUUAUGUUUCUGCUGGACAGUAUCAUAGUAUUAAACAAAGUACAGUACCUGCUAGAUCGCAGUAAUCUAUUUUAGUGAAACCGUAUUUGUUUUUUGUUUGUUAAUACGUUACUCUGUGAUCACACAGUGACAAUAAUUAGGAACGAAGUGAUUCUGUUUUGUGAAUUAGUGCACUUUAAACCUGUUUUUAUGGUGCAUUAAUGUAAAGAUGCAGUAAAUAAUCAGCAUAUUAUUUAUUGAAUACGUUUUUUGGAAUUAUUUAAUCGUAAUUUUUUUUUUCUUACCUCAAAUGAGGUUAUGGCAGUGACCAUGCCAAAGUCUGAGUAGAAUUGGAGUAAUAGAGACCUCUUGUGGGAGGUCAAAGGUACUACAAAUUAUUUCUGUUCCAUCUACCUGGCUUACCAGCCGUCCUACCUCAGUGCAAUAAGAAAUGCGCUGCUGGUCAGUGAGUCACAUUUAUAACUGUACAGAAAUGUAAUGUUGUUUUCUUUUCUUUUUUUAAAAAUCUCAGUGCAGCUAAAAAUAUUUUGUACCACAUGUUUUCAUUGGGAAAUAAUUAAUUUUUUUGAAAAUUUAAACAAAAAUCCUUUUUUUUUUUUAUCUAUGCUGUGUGCUGCAACUUUAGCAAAUCAUGGGCACUUCCUUCAUCUUUAUUGUGCUUUACAUAAUGCCUGAUUUAAUGUAUAUUUAUUAUGAAUACUCUUUUCACAGUUUGAUAAUCACCUUAUUCCCCCAUUCCAAAUAUCUCUGUAUCCUAUUAUACACAUUAUCAUUGUUACACUUUGCACUCAGCUUGAUAUGCAAAAUGUCGACUCAAUCAACAAAAUGUAAAAAUAUCAUCAUAUAAGGACCUAAAAUACUAAAAUUAAGAAUUAGGAUGCAACAAGGCCUCUGCCCAUACAGACGAAGGCAUUAUGUAAAUGUGUUGAAUCACUUUUAACAUUUUGCUUUUAUUAUUAUUGCUUAUUGUUUUGUUUGAUCGAGUUGAAUUUACUUCUGAAAUAGCAAGGGAAUCGUUCUGUGUCAGGCUUACAUUUAGCUGUGUAGCAUCUUUUUUUUUAUUCAUGCUUUCAUUUUAUUUUUUCCUUCUUAUUUCCCCCAUUUUUUAUUUUUAUUUUUUUACCCUUUUUGUCAAAUUCGGGAAUGUACCCACAAGGAAAUGUGCAAUAGAUAAGAAACACAUCAUGCUUGAACAUGAGGAAAAAUAUCACAGGUGUAGGAAAACGUGAACAUUGCCACUUCUCAUGCUGGGAGCAGAUAUUUCCAGUUAAACUGCCAGUCACAAGCUUUUACCACCAUUUCAAGCAUAUUAUUUGAAGUUUAUUUCAAAGAGCACAUGUGAAAGGCCCUGAAAGCAUCAUUGGACCAAAGCAGUGGUAUGUGAUAUCUCAUAAUCUCCUGACAUGUACUUUUAUAAUAACGAACAUGAGCAUCUCUGCUCCUCCUGCCCUGGAUCAGCAGCGGACAGUGAUUUGUGAAUGGCAUGGCAGAAACCCGCUGACCCAUUCUGUAUUGACAUUACAGCCAUCUGGGGUCUUUUUCGACGAUGGAGAGUCAUAGGCCCAUCAUCAGGGCCCUCUGUGGCCCUGCUCUGAGCUGUCACGUUUGUGCCUGAAUGGAUUUUUGAUAUUUUCUUGUGUUGUUGUUGUUGUCGUCUUUUAUUCUUUGUCAUCCCUCUGGAGUGUAUCCUCUCUGCACCUACGUGGAGCCCUCUCUCGACAUUUACCCCCCUGUUGUCAAACCAGGACCGGACUUUUCCCCCCACCAAUCACAAUGGCGAAGGUGACAUUUGGAAUCGGCUGGAGAGAGUCUAGAUGGUAAACAAGAAAGCGGGGAGAUGAACGCUCCUUCAGGCCUUUUCAUUUCAAUCCAUCAACUUCCAGGAUGUACGCCAAAAAUAGAAAAACCUUUAUUUUCGUCUUUGCUGUGCCCCAGGCAGGCCUUAUCCAUGUGCUAAAGGUGAAUACGUCAUUGUGCUAAAGACUUCUUGCGUGUACAGACAUAUACACAGAGUUGCCUGUAUUGUUGUUGGGGGGGGUUGUCCAUAAAUCCUUUAGCUUGACAUUUUAGGAAAUAUCCUGAUUCACUUUUUUUUUGCCAAGAUAUACCACUCUCAUGACGUUAAGACAUGUUUUGCUUAUGGUUACCUCACUUAGUUGGAUGUUUGACACGUCAUUUUUUUUAACCAACUGAGGCAAUAUGUGCUAGCCAAUCAGAGUGUGACAUCACAACUGGAAGCCAAUCGUGGUCCAGCACGCAACUUACACCUGUCUGCUGUGUCCUGUAUCUGGCAACAUUAAACAAAUGAGAUAUAGGCCUAACGUGCUAAUUAAUGAACUUUAGAGAUGUUGGACAUUCGGUCAGCUGUUUAUCUCGGUUUUCAGUCUUUAUGCUAAGCUGACUCGAUCCUGGUUUUGGCUUUAGCAUACAGACAUGAGAGUGGUAGGUUAUCAAUCUUAACUCCUAUUGGGUAAGAAAGUGACUUUAUUUCCCAAAAUGUCUAACUGCUCCUUUAAGUUACACGCUUCUUUUUCCAAUCAUGGCCUACGCCAGUUCAGCCUGUCUCAGCUACGCCGCACGUAAACCUGGCUGCAUCCACUUGGCAGAAUGGAAAUGGAUUUGGGGGAGGUAAUAUUUUUGCAUUCCACCUGCAAAACCGAGCGUGUGCGCACAUGCCAACACGCGCUCUAUGAUGAUGAGGAGUCAUUCAUGCCAAAAGGAAAUAUAUGAGUGUCCCCGACGUAUUCUCCGAAGUCAGGCGGGCGAGAUAGCUCCGCUACGCCUUCACCCUGUUUUAUUCCUCACUCUAUUUUUAUUUUAACAAAUGGAUGGCACCUCUCAGGCGUGAAGCACCUUAAGCUCUGUAAUCCCCAACACUAGCUGCUGCCAUAGCAUAUUCCAACACUUCCUUUCUGCUCCCCACUUCUCUUUCUUUCUUCCCUCACCGUAUUUGCAUCUCUGUCCUUCCUCGACACAGCCAAGCAGUCUAUUCCCAGUGAAAUGAUUGAGAUAUCUAGGAGGGUUUGCGGUGGGGUGGAGGGGGUGUUUUUGCAUGAUGAGAUGGAUUGUUUGCAGGUGCGCUCAGGAGAAGAGAAUUUGGAGGUCAAGGAGGAGAUUUGCGAGAGCAGGAUGCAGUGAGACACAAGAUGGAUAAGAUAGUGGAUUCUAGGAGACAAGGUGAGAGGGAGGUGAGAGGAGCUUUGCUUUGAUAGGAGGGAGAUGAAAGGCGAGUGGGCACUGCUUCCACUCUAAAAACGAUGAAAAAUAAUUCCCGUAAACAGGUAAAAAAACAACAACCCAGACCUAAUGAGCUCCUCUUCUGAACUGUGAGAUCUCAUUACUCCAAACAAUGUUUUUAAUUGCAGCACUUGACGUUUUUGAUUCUGCUGCGCAAGAAACGGCAAGUCAGUGAGAGACAAGUGAGUUCACACCACAGCAGCUUCUGUCUGUCUUAACUCUUCGUCCACAGAAUGCCUUUUUAAAGGUGAUUCUGCGUCUGAUUUUAGCUUCUUUUACUGUCAGUGUCUUCAGAUCUUAUGUAGCCCUGAGGGUGUGAGAGUUGAGCUGGGUGUUGGGGAAAAAGUUUUUUGGGAAAAGACAAAAAAUGACUUCAAACGGUGGAUUCCCUGUCUCUGUUUUUGCCUUGUUCCUUUGUGUUUCUGUUGAGAAAACAAUUGAAUGCCAUCAAAGUGUAACACAGGAUUUGAAGGGUUUAUUCACAUCUAUGAAACAAGCUUUAAUUUAUAAUGGGAAGAAAUCCAAAAAAACCCAAAAGUGCUUGAAGUCAACAGCACCCAGCUCUGGAAGUGAUUGCUGAGUUAAUAAAAAUGGCAAUUAAAAGUUAAUGAUGACAUUGGUUUGAUAGAAGAUGGGGGUAGGUUGGAUAGGAAAGUUUUAGUAAGUGUGUAGGAGCAGGUGAGAGGUAUUUAAGGGGAUGAUUUUGCAGGUUUUUUAAAUUAAUAUCUAGUUGUUAGAGUGUGAGAGAACAAAGAAAAAUAACAAGCGAGGCUGCAGGGCUUUUUUCAAGCAGUUGGGGUAAAAAAAAAUAAAAAAUCCCAAGCCUGUGAAUCAGAGAAUGCUGAUUAUUUAUGUCAUUCUGAAAACUUGUUCACAGAAUCGCAGUUAUUUGACGCACUAGCGGGCAUCAGCGGGAGCUGUCUCAGAGCUCCAGAGAAGAGGCUGUGUCGAGGAACGAGGCAUGCAGCUGUGUCUCUGUGGCACUUUUUCUUUGUCUCUGUUUUGAAUCCCUGUUUCUAAUUAGCACAACAUUGUGUCUUAAUUAACCUUAGCCAGUCGGAUGCUAUUGCAGCGCUAACGGCCAUUCUACGUGGGAGCCUCUGGUGCAGGUCGGCACUCAGCCGUAUCUUUGUGGUGGAGGUGAGCUGUCAGAAGUGAUUGAUGUUGAGUUACAGCGUGGGGUAGAUUCAUGGGAAGGUGGAUCCUUCUUUUAGCGUCAAAGUUGCGUUUAUAGAAUAGAGUUUGUUACCAUCCUGCUGUCGAGAGCAGUGUGCCAAAAAAAAAACACUUGGAAGCCGUAUGCCAUCAAGCUCUUGAUCUGUAAAUUCUGACGAAAACAAGCCGUUACCAGCAUGUAAGCCACACUAACGAACACAAUAACAACUACGGGCCUCGAGUUGGACCAAAGGAGGUGCAAUUCUUUUAUUUUCUUUUUCUAUCACCGUUGUUGUUAUGCAAAGUGUGUUUAACCCUUGCAAACUGCUUGUUUUCCUCCUUCACAAGGAGGACAAAAGGGGGCGUUAUUCCACUGUAAAUGUCAAUAAUAAUCCAAUGAGAGUCUGAACACUAAAUCAUACAUUGCAAGGCCACACACACUAAUCUGUUCAAAGUGUCCAGUGCACUGGGACGACAUACAAUGAAAGCAAAUGCUGUCCAAAUUCCUUUCUGAUUGGAGACAUUCUGCACGUGUGCAUUAUUUUGAAAACGGGGCAUUUUCUUAUCUACCCUUUUCAUUUUGACAAGUCUUGUUCCCUGUUUUUUGUAUCUUGUACAUGUUUACAUUGUAUCUCGCAUUGCCCAAAAGAGAAACAAUAUUAAAUGUAUUAUCUUUGUUGUUUUA